GCCCCGCGUGGAACGUCCCCCUCGGCGUCCCCGGAGCCCCCCGCGGGGCGGGGGAAAUUCCCGCGGGGGCGCGGGAGCCCCCCGCGCAUCUCCGCGGGCAGCUACGUGCGCUCAGCGCCUCCCACGCCCGCUUUCCACGUUGACAACAUUCCUGGCGAGGGGAGGCGAAGCUCCAGGCUCGGAGCAGCCCAGCCCCUUCCCGCUCUGCCCGCGCCCGCAGCACCAUGGCCCGGGGCGGCCUCCUCCUGCUGCUCGGCCUGCUGGCGGCCCCCGGCCGCGGGGACCCGGGGCCCCUGGAAGACGUGGUGGUGGACCGGUACUACAUCCCCAAGGUCUGCCUGCGGGAGGCCCAGAUGGGCGACUUCAUCCGCUACCACUACAACGGCACCUUCCGCGACGGCCAGAAGUUCGACUCCAGCUACGACAGAGGCGCCACGGUGGCGGGCGUGGUGGGAGUCGGCCGGCUGAUCACCGGCAUGGACCGAGGCCUGCAGGGCAUGUGCGUCAAUGAGCGGCGCCACCUGAUUGUCCCUCCCCACCUGGGCUACGGCAGCAUCGGCGUCGCUGGCAUGAUCCCCCCCGAUGCCACCUUGUAUUUUGACGUCAUCAUGCUGGACAUCUGGAACAAAGAGGACAAGCUGCAGAUCACCACCUUGCACAAGCCGGAGCGCUGCAACCGCACUGUGGAGAACUCAGACUUCGUCCGGUACCACUACAACGGCACGCUGCUGGACGGCACCCACUUCGACUCCAGCUACAGCAAGGACAGCACGUACGACACCUACGUGGGCACAGGCUGGCUGAUCAAAGGCAUGGACGAGGGCCUGCUGGGGAUGUGCGCUGGGGAGAAGAGGAGGAUCAUCAUCCCUCCCUUCCUGGCCUACGGGGAGAAGGGCUACGGCACGGUGAUCCCGCCCCAGGCCUCCCUGGUGUUCGACGUGCUGCUGGUGGACCUGCACAACCCCAAAGACGGCAUCUUCCUGGAGCACCUGGAGGUGCCAGCGUCCUGCAAGCGCAAGGCCGUGACGGGCGACUUCGUCCGCUAUCACUACAACGGGACCCUGAUGGACGGGACGCUCUUCGACUCCAGUUACUCCCGCAAUCACACCUACGACACCUACAUCGGGAAGGGCUUCAUCAUCCCCGGCAUGGACCAGGGCCUGCAGGGCGUCUGCGUCGGAGAAAAGCGAAGGAUCAUCGUCCCGCCGCACCUGGGCUACGGGGAGAACGGAGCCGGGAACAAGAUCCCCGGCUCAGCCGUGCUCAUCUUUGACAUCCACGUCAUCGACUUCCACAACCCCCUGGACUCGGUGGAGAUCGAGACUCUCUCCCGGCCCGAGGGCUGCAACGUUACCACCCAGGAGCGCGACUUUGUCCGCUACCACUACAACUGCUCGCUGCUGGAUGGCACCAAGCUCUUCUCCUCCCACGACUACAACCACCCGCAGGAGGCGACGCUGGGGACCAGCAAGGUGAUCGACGGCCUGAACACCGGCCUGCUGAACAUGUGCGUGGGGGAGAAACGGGUGAUCAUCAUCCCCCCCCACCUGGGGCACGGAGAGAACGGAGCCCGGGGCGUGCCAGGCAGUGCUGUGCUCCAGUUCGAGGUGGAGCUGCUCUCCAGGGAGGAAGGAGUCCCUGAAGGCUACCUGUUUAUCUGGCACGGGGACCCACCCACAAACCUGUAUGAGGACAUGGACCUGAACAAGGAUGGCGAGAUCCCCCCCGAAGAGUUCUCCACUUUCAUCAAGGCCCAGCUCACCGAGGGGAAGGGGCGGCUCAUGCCCAGCUCCGACCCGGAGAUCGUCAUCGCCGACAUGUUUCAGAACCAGGACCGGAACCAGGAUGGGAAAAUCACCGCGGAGGAGCUGAAGCUGAAAUCCGACGAAGAUCAGGAGAGAAUCCACGAGGAGCUCUGAGGAGCUCCUGCCUUCAAGAGACAACUUUUCCCCUUCUCCUUUCCUGCCUUGGAGCGGGCUGCUCCCCCACCACCGCAGGGACCGGGGCCUAGAGAAGCCAGCUCAGGAAGCUUUAGAGCCAGCCCCUUUGCAGAGCGAGGUUGUUCGGUUUUGUUUUUUACUAUUUAACAGUGUUUUAUUGGAAGCGUUUCUAACAAGCCAGCCGGGGAAAAACUCCACAUAACAAACCCAGGCCCGAGGGUCCCAAGUUCUUGCCUUUAAAGGCAGAGCCUAGAAUGCGGUGGGCAAAGUACGGCCCGGGGGCUGCAUCCAGCCCUUCAGACGUCGUAAUCCGGCCCGAGCUCCCGCUCCGGUGCUCCAGCCAGGGAGUGGGGUUGGGGGUGUGUCCUGCUCCGCACGGCUCCCAGAAGCAGCAGCAUGUCCCCUCUCCGGCUCCUACGCGUAGGGGCAGCCAGGGGGCUCCGCUCCAUGCGCUGCCCCUGCCCCAAGCGCGGCGCCUGCAGACCCACCUGUCCACACCUCCGCAUAGAAGCCAGAGGGGGUCAUGGUGCUGCUUCCAGGAGCUGCUUGAGGUAAGCACUGCUCAGAGCCUGCCCCCGCCCUGAUCCCUCUCCUGCCCUCCAGACCCCAGUCCCAGCCCAGAGCAACCUCCUGCACCCCCAACCCCCUCAUCCCCAGCCCGCACCCCCAGCCGGAGCCCUCACCCCCUCCCACACCCCAACCCCCAAUUUCGUUGGGGUUUGGGGGUGGGGCUGGGAUUCCUGGAAGUUGGUGGCUUCCCCCCAGUCCAGCUGAGAGCCCUGCCCGUAGCCCCCACGUCAGACCCGGCCUUUUGCCUUCGCUCGCCUCGGCUCCUUGAGCAUUUCAGCAGCGCUGCUCUCGUGCGGCUCGGUGCUGUCGCUGCCAGGACACCUCCCAGCACGUACCCAGAGUGCAGAGCGUGAGCCAGCGAGGGCGUCCUGCUGCCGCUGGAGCAAGGGGCAUGAAUUGGCAUCUGCUGGAGCUUUUCCUGUAAGGAACCCAGUCGCUGUUCCCGAGCGAUUAAAAAACACAUACGUGUAAUGCCUGGUCCAGGCGCUGGCAACAGCUGGAAUUGUACCAGGAAGGAAAGCCAAGACCCAGUUCUUCAAAGUGAUGAGUGGUUUUAGGCCCAACGGUAUUUUGGGGCUUGAACUUGAGCCACCUGAAAGGGGCCUGAUUUUACACAGUUCGGCCCCCAAAACCGCCAGUCAGUUUGGAAAAUCCAGGGCCCAAACCCUCCCAGCUGGGCUAACACAAGUGGGUUGAUUUUCAGUUCCUGAGCACCCGGAUUCCAGACGCCGACGAGAGCUGGGCUUGCUCAGCAACACUGGAAAUCAGCCCACUUCUUAAAUAUAAUUCAGGAGCCUUCCACGUUUGCAAAUUUUGGCCAGUGCGUCCCCGGUUUUAAAGGUUUGUGACCCAGGAUCACGGCUCAGCCGACGAGUGUCUGCACCCACUGCUGGGCAGGGAUAAACGAUCAGAAGUGCAAGGACAAGAUGAUGUAAAGGUUCAAACAACCCCCCAGUAGCAAUUUCUGCCUUGCACCCAAUAAACUGGUUUAAAGUGGUUUCCAACAA